CUUCGUCCAUUUUCUACCUACUUACCCCGGGAAGCGAUCACAUCUGUCAUGGCAGUCAAUUUGUUUAGGACAGUUCAGACAUAAUAAUAAAUGUGUCAUUCUUCUUUUCCAGCUCUUCGGUUUAUCCAUCUUCGCCCUUUGCCUAUGGAUCCUCAUCGAGCCUGGCUUCAACGAGUUCAUGUCGGUCCUCCAGCUGCAGCCUUACUUCAUCGGAAUCUACAUCAUCCUCAUCGCAGCGCUGGUGGUCAUGGUGGUCGCCUUCCUGGGGUGCGGGUCCGCAUUGAUGGAAAACGUUGUGCUUCUUUAUGCCUACAUAGGAUCACAAAUAGCGACGUUCGUCCUGGGCUUGGUUGGAGCGUGCGUGGUGCUCGACUUCUCGACAUACGACUCCAGCAUACAGCCACUCAUUAGGAACUCCAUCGUGGGGCUCAUGAACAACCCUCAACAUGAAGGCAGCAGAGCUGUACUGCGAAUGGUUCAGGAAGGGAUCGGCUGCUGCGGAGCCGACGGGCCCAUGGACUACAUCAACCUGAACAAGCCCUUCCCAUCGGAGUGCCGUGACUCUGUGACCGGGAACGCGUACUUCCACGGCUGUGUUGACGAGCUGACCUUCUACUUGGAAAGCAAAACUGGCUGGUUAGCUGGAAUUGUACUGGCUGCUUGCAUGAUUGCUGUUAUCAACGCCGUCAUAUCGUUGGUCCUUAUUCACGCAGUGAAGAAAGAAGAAGAUGAAGCGAUAGCUUACAAAUAAUUAUCUAUAUACUAAUCUUAGAAAUUAAGUGAACUAAAAAAUUCGAAAAACAAAAUUGUUUAUUAUUAAGUUAGGUAGUGUUUUGUAAACUAAGGUAACCAUGUAUUUUUCAUAAAAUAUGUAUUUUGUUUCAAAUUAUCUGUAUAUAAUAUGACACGACAGAAAAUGACACCCUGUAUUCUACCACCGUUUUUUAAAAUAAGUAAAUAAAUAAGUAACACUAAACAAUAAAUUAUUUUUUUUUAAAUGCCGUUCAUAUCUCAAGUACUUAAACAAUACAUAGAAAAUAAAAGAUUUUAAUACAAGAAAACCACGAUCAAAGGUUUUCUAGGUUCUAGGAAUAUUAAUCCUAUUCGUUAUUUAAAUAAAGC